AUGAGGAUUGAGGCGAGGCGAGUGAGGGGCAAUGAUUGGGUUUCUCCUCUUGCGUCGUACAGAAAUGGGCAGGACUUCCCCGUAGGGAUAACCGACGGUCCUGAUAACGGAUAUCGAAGCUACUUCUAUAAAACUGAUCACAUGGGCGAGAAGUUACGUGUGAUCGAGGAACAUGAAGAGCGUAGCAACACUGACCAAGUUCCGGUGUUCUCAGAGAUUCUCGAAUGUUCUCAACAAUACUCCAUAGCUCAUCAACUCCUAGCAGCUGUUCUUAUAAAUAAGGGUAUUAUCACUAAAAAAGAAUUCUACCUCAGUUUCAUACGGAAUAUUGUUACCCUCGACCUAAAAAAACAUCGGAAGGUCGUAACGAAAAUAGAAUGCAGUAAAGAGGACUUGGACAUUCUCGCGUCGUCGUUGCUCAACCAGCUAAACUCUUUGUUAUCUGAGCUUGGCUUCCGUUUGCGCUUAAUUAUUGAGGAAGAAUCUCAGAAGGAAAUGGUGGCAUUAGUGACUGACGAUGUUCUUCCAAAAGAACUCUGUCCCAUCAGUGGAUUCAGCAUGGAUGAGCUCACGUUGGUUGGUCGUUAUGUGCGAAAAAUGGUGGAAGAUGGAGGAGAAUGCGAACAUUCUUGGGCACUCCAUGAGGGUACCAGAUUUUCUAACUCGAUGUCGUUGAUGAAAGUCCAAGUUUUUAUUGACAAAUUGAUUCACUGCGGCUGGAUUCUAGAGAAGAACGACAGAAUUUGUUUGUCAUCGAGAGCGAUAGCAGAGUUGGAGCCUAUUCUGACCACCAAGUAUGGAUGCCCGACCUGCGCCCUAUGUCAGAAAGUUGUUGUUCGAAAAGUUGCUGUUGUAAUAUGCGAUAUCUGCAAAGUGCAUAUCCAUCAACAUUGUUGGAUUAAACUUUCUGAUGGCUGUGGCGCAGAUGAAGUAUCGUGUCCAGGCGCUGCUUCAACCGGAUGUAAUAAAAUGUUUUCGAAAACUGAUGUACAUUUAGCCAUCCGAAAUUUUGACGAAUAG